AUGGUAACGGAAAUAUGGCUGCUCUUCAAAAACCUUGAAUGUACGGGGGAAAGUGGAAAGAGCACCUUCAUCAAGCAGAUGAGGAUCAUUCAUGGCGCUGGCUACUCUGAUGAAGAUAAAAGAGGCUUCAUUCGCCUGGUUUACCAAAACAUCUUCACCUCCAUGCAGUCCAUGAUCCGCGCCACUGAGACCCUCAAGAUCCCGUACAAGUUUGAACAGAACCGGGCCAACGCCAUUCUCGUGAAGGAUGUGGAUAUUGAGAAGCUCAAUGGCUUUGACCAGCCCUACAUUGUAGCUAUUAAAACCCUGUGGUCUGACCCGGGGAUCCAGGAGGCCUACGACCGCCGCAGGGAGUACCAGCUCUCUGACUCCACUAAAUAUUACCUUAGCGAUAUAGAUCGUGUGACAGCGGAGCGAUAUGUUCCCACCCAGCAGGAUGUGCUGCGGGUCCGUGUUCCCACCACGGGUAUAAUAGAGUACCCGUUUGACCUGGAGAACGUCAUCUUCAGUUAUCUUUCGGAUCUGGAUCGCAUUUCAGAUUCCAACUAUCUUCCCACUCAGCAGGAUGUACUCAGGGUGCGCAUCCCCACCACAGGAAUCAUAGAGUACCCCUUCGACUUGCAAAGCAUCAUUUUCAGGAUGGUGGAUGUGGGAGGUCAGAGGUCAGAGAGGAGGAAGUGGAUUCACUGCUUUGAGAAUGUCACCUCCAUCAUGUUUCUUGUGGCGCUCAGUGAGUACGACCAGGUCCUGGUGGAGUCGGACAAUGAGAACCGCAUGGAGGAGAGUAAGGCUCUUUUCAGGACUAUCAUUACCUACCCCUGGUUCCAGAACUCCUCGGUCAUCUUGUUCCUCAACAAGAAGGACCUGCUGGAGGAGAAGAUCUCCUACUCUCACUUGGUGGAUUACUUUCCUGAAUUUGAUGGUCCCCAGAGAGAUGCUCAGGCAGCGCGGGAGUUCAUCCUGAAAAUGUUUGUGGACUUGAAUCCAGACAGCGACAAGAUCAUCUACUCUCACUUCACCUGUGCCACGGACACUGAGAACAUCCGCUUUGUGUUUGCAGCUGUCAAAGACACCAUCCUACAGCUCAAUCUCAAGGAGUACAACCUGGUGUGA